AUGUAUAAAGUUCAUGCAGUUUUACAUCACAAGCGAGGAAGAUCAAACCGACACGUUGAAGUUAGGAAAAUCUCCGACGCUAUUAGGCAGAAUGUAAAGACUGGUUUGAAGUACGAGGGGGGCCUGUCACCAAUUGAAUGUUAUGGAAAUGUAACUAACGCUUCCAUCUUCACCCCUCUGAUUUGGUGCGUUGGAUACGUUUAUUUAUCUCGAGGAUCAUGCCAUGGCCACGUGCCACAAGAGGUUUAUUUAGAAGAAGGGCUUAGAAACGAGAGAUCGAACUUGAGGGAGUCCAUGGUCUGGUUUCGUACAGAUCUGGUGAAUUAG